AUGGCCCCCCUACUGCCACUCCUCUCGCGAAUGCAGGCGCGUUCUGCCUUAACGUCCCUCGGGACCCCAGUCUAUAUUCAGACAUUCCGACGAAGAUAUGCUCAAGGCUCAUCUUCAUCAAAGUCUGACGGUGACAAGAGCGAACCGGCUCGGGAUGGGGGACCCCCCGAGGAUCCUGCCGUCAACUAUCCAAUCCCCUCCAACAAGGCUACCCCAACGCUACGAGAUGGACGACAGUCACCAAUUGCGGAUUUUGAAGGCAACUUGAAAGAAGAUCUUCCUGAGGAUGUGAAGCGACAUAACGAGGAGAUGGAGCAUCGCUAUGAUCGGCCGUACAACCAUAUUGGAGAUAAAGGAAAGGUGGAAAGAACGUGGCAGAAUGAUUAG